AUGCUUCACUUAUUGUUAUAUCAAUUAACCAGCAAGAAAUAUGUUCAAGAUAUUUUGGAUCUUUGUUAUAUUCGAGAAAUACUUGGUGACACUAUUGACGAUUUUCUCGACUAUGAGGACGACAUAUUGAAAAAUGCAUUUAAUGCUUAUCGAAUGUAUGUUAACUUGUAUGGAGCAAACGAAUAUGCUAUGGCUAAAUUUAUGAAAUAUUUUCUUGAUAUUCAAGAUCAAUAUGCUAAAAUAUAUACGGCAUUUAGCAUAAAAUUUCCACAUUUAAUGAAAUUACAACGGGAAUGUGAUACUGUACAACUCAAAUAUGAAGAAACUCGACCAGGCGUAUAUAAGAUUACUUCUAAUUUAGCCAUUCCAAAGCCUAUUUAUGAUGAGAACAGUUUUAGAAAGCAUUUUAAAACCGCAAACAACGGUCGUAUAACACAUGAUGUUCAAGGGAAUGUUGACAAUAAGACAACUGCUUAG